AUGCAAUCCAAGAGCGUCAUGGCUACUUCUGACCUUAUUUCAAACAUUGCCAUCGCGGAUAUAACUAAGGUCCAGGUAGAUGACUUUGCGAAACAAAUCACUCUAAUAGAGAUGUCAUACUUUUCGGCAAUUAAGCGCUCGGAGUUUUUAAGUCUCAAGUGGAAUGGACGAGACAAGAAUGUAUAUGCGCCCAACAUUGUUGCAUCCACGCGUUGGUUUAACCAGCUCAACUUUUGGGUUCAGAAGGAGAUUCUCAAGUAUCCAGCCGUAAACAAACGCACGGAGGUGCUCUCUUACUUUAUUAAACUAGCCAAGGUGCGUCUUCCCUCCCCUCUUUUAUCCUCUUAUUGGGUCCCAAACCAGAAACUUGCGCUUUAA